AUGGCAGAGCUUAGGUCUUUGAGAUAUGUAUGGCGCCAAAUUCAUUUCCGUGAGAGCGAAUCUUCCACGUGUCAGAAAAAGAACCACACGUGUCUGUAUAAUAACCUUCUAGUCUCGGCUACACCAAAAUUAAUUCCUUCUCUUACAAUGGCACUGAAAUUCUGUGUAACAAAUUCAGGACUCCAAUUAAAUUCAGCACACGCAUUUUCGUCAUCGCUCAAGCCCAAACCUCUUGUUAGUCUCAAAUCCCACGGAUCCUUCAAAAGCUUUCGAAACCAAAGGCAUCUUAAGAUCUGUCAAUCCUCUUUGGUCGAUGAACAACAGCAGGAGACCUCGUUCUCUGACGCAGAGAACCAGCUCAUCGACGCCCUCAUCGGAAUCCAAGGUCGCGGUCGAUCCGCUUCUCCUCGACAGCUCAAUGACGUGGAGCAGGCGGUGAAAUUUCUAGAAGGAUUAGGAGGUGUACCUGAUCCAACGAGCUCUAGCUUGAUUGAAGGUCGCUGGCAACUGAUGUUUACAACCAGACCAGGAACAGCAUCUCCGAUUCAGAGAACAUUUGUCGGAGUUGACUUCUUCAGUGUUUUUCAAGAGGUCUGUCUUCGGACAAAUGAUCCACGUGUCUCCAAUAUUGUAAGAUUCUCUGAUGCAAUAGGCGAGCUGAAAGUGGAGGUAUGACUUCCUUAUCUAUUAUUACAACCAAAAUGCAUGGCCAUUUUUUCCUAACUUUUCUGUAGUGCAAAAGAUA